GCAUUUUCUUUUUGUAAAGCUUUCUUUCAUGCUUUGCAAAAACAACAAAUUCUCAUCAUAUUCACCACUCUCUCUCUCUCUUCCCUCUCUUUCUCUGUGUUACUAUCCAUCUCUCACUUUGAGUUCUUUCCAAGCUUUGUUUUGUUUUUUCAAUGGAGAGUUACACACUUCAGCUUUUACACCAUCUUGCGCUCACACUUGUCUUUGCAGUCUACCUCUCAGUUUCUCCAACCCAACAAAGCAUUGUCCCAUCUAUCAAAACGGAUGCCGCUGCUCUUAUUUCCUUCAGGAAGAUGAUUCAGAAAGACCCCAAUGGCGUCUUGUCGAGUUGGCAACUCAAUAGAAAUCCAUGCACCUGGUAUGGAGUUUCAUGCUCUCUUGGAAGAGUCACUCAACUUAAUCUCAGUGGAAAUUAUCUUGGUGGAAGUAUUUCUUUUGAUCCUUUGGCUUCUCUAGAUAUGUUAUCUAUUUUGAAACUUUCUUCCAAUUUUUUUACAGUAAACUCAACCUGUUUGCUUCAGCUCCCAUAUGGACUAAAACAGCUUGAAUUAUCUUCAGCUGUACUUGUAGGUCUUGUCCCUGACAACUUUUUCUCAAAAUAUCCAAAUCUGGUCUAUGUGAAUCUUUCUCAAAACAACUUGACUGGAACUUUGCCAGAAAUUUUUUUAUCAAAUUCUGAUAAACUUCAGGUUCUUGACUUGUCUUCUAAUAACAUAACAGGAUCCAUUUCAGGUUUGCAAAUUGAUGUGAAUUCUUGCAAUUCCUUGUUGCACCUCGAUCUUUCUCUGAAUCAUUUAAUGGAUUCUAUUCCUAUCACCCUUUCAAAUUGCACAAAUCUCAAAACUUUGAAUUUAUCGUUCAAUUUACUUACUGGGGAGGUCCCAAGAAGUCUUGGUGAGCUAAAGAGUUUACAAAUAUUAGACGUGUCUCAUAAUCAUAUCACUGGUUGGAUCCCAUCUGAAUUAGGAAAUGCUUGUGGCUCUCUUCUUGAGUUUAAGCUUUCUUUUAACAACAUUUCUGGGCCAAUUCCAUCCACUUUUUCUGACUGUUCUUGGCUGCAACUUCUUGAUUUGUCUAAUAACAACAUUUCUGGUCCCUUCCCGGAUGCCAUCCUUCAAAAUCUUACCUCAUUAGAGAAUUUGUUGUUGAGUAACAACAGAAUCUCUGGAUCAUUUCCAGCUUUGAUUUCGUCUUGCAAAAAAUUGAGGAUUGUGGAUUUUAGUUCCAAUCAGGUCUUAGGAAUCAUCCCACUUGACAUAUGUCCGGGAGCUGAGUUACUUGAAGAGCUGAGAUUACCGGAUAAUCUUAUUGAAGGAGAAAUUCCGGCUCAGUUGUCACAAUGUUCACAGCUGAAAACAAUUGAUCUUAGUUUAAACUAUCUCAAUGGCUCCAUUCCAGCUGAGCUUGGGAUGCUUGAGCAUCUUGAGCAACUGAUAGCAUGGUUCAAUGGCUUGGAAGGGAAAAUUCCACCGGAGUUGGGUCAAUGCAAGAAUCUAAAGGACCUGAUUCUCAAUAAUAAUCAACUUAGUGGUGAAAUUCCAGUUGAAUUGUUCAAUUGCAGUAAUCUUGAAUGGAUAUCUCUCACAAGCAACGAAAUCACAGGUAAAAUUCCGAAAGAAUUUGGUGUUUUGUCAAGGCUAGCUGUUUUGCAACUUGCAAAUAAUAGCCUAACUGGUGAGAUUCCAGUAGAGCUGGGAAAUUGUAGCAGUUUGGUUUGGUUAGAUUUGAACAGCAACAAUCUCACCGGAGCAAUCCCGCCUCGACUGGGCCGUCAGCUUGGUGCAAAAGCAUUGAGUGGAAUCCUCUCAGGUAACACUUUGGUGUUUGUAAGGAACGUGGGAAAUUCUUGUAAAGGGGUUGGAGGUUUGUUGGAAUUUGCUGGAAUUCGCCCUGAAAGGUUACUGCAAAUUCCAACAUUGAGGACUUGUGAUUUCACAAGAAUGUAUUCUGGAGCAGUGCUGAGUCUUUUUACUCAGUAUCAAACAUUGGAGUAUCUCGAUCUUUCCUACAACGAGCUUCGAGGGAAGAUCCCCGAUGAAAUAGGAGAGAUGAUUGCUUUGCAAGUUCUUGAAUUAGCUCAUAACCAGCUAUCUGGGGAUAUUCCAUCAUCGCUUGGCCAGCUCAGGAAUUUAGGCGUGUUCGAUGCAUCGCAUAACCGAUUGCAAGGUCAAAUUCCUGAGUCCUUCUCAAACCUAUCAUUCCUGGUGCAAAUUGAUCUGUCAAACAAUGAAUUAACAGGGCCAAUUCCACAAAGGGGGCAACUUAGCACACUUCCAGCAACUCAAUAUGCAAAUAAUCCCGGACUUUGCGGGGUUCCCCUGCCUGAAUGCCGAAAUAGCAACAAUCAACCACCGGUAACUCCAAGUGCAGAUGGUGACAAGAAAGGCCAUAGGCUGGCUGCUGCAGCAUGGGCUAAUAGCAUUGUCAUGGGAGUCCUUAUUUCCAUUGCUUCAAUAUGCAUUUUGAUUGUGUGGGCAAUCGCAAUGCGUGCAAGGCGUAAGGAAGCAGAAGAGGUCAAGAUGCUUAAUAGCUUGCAAGCAACUCAUGCAGCAACAACAUGGAAGAUUGACAAGGAGAAAGAGCCAUUGAGCAUCAAUGUUGCAACAUUUCAAAGGCAGCUAAGAAAACUCAAGUUCUCCCAACUCAUUGAAGCUACCAAUGGUUUCUCUGCAGCAAGCCUUAUCGGGUGUGGAGGGUUUGGAGAAGUCUUCAAGGCCACAUUGAAGGAUGGAUCAAGUGUUGCAAUCAAGAAACUCAUCCGGUUGAGCUGCCAGGGAGACCGAGAAUUCAUGGCUGAAAUGGAAACUCUAGGGAAGAUAAAGCAUAGGAACCUUGUGCCUCUGUUAGGUUAUUGCAAAGUUGGUGAGGAGAGACUCCUUGUGUAUGAGUUCAUGGAAUUUGGUAGUCUUGAAGAGGUGCUCCAUGGAAGAUCAAAGACGCGAGACCAGCGCAUUCUAACUUGGGAAGAAAGGAAAAAGAUUGCAAGAGGAGCUGCAAAAGGACUCUGUUUCCUUCACCAUAAUUGCAUCCCACACAUUAUACAUCGAGACAUGAAGUCAAGCAAUGUGUUACUAGACCAUGAAAUGGAAGCAAGAGUCUCCGAUUUCGGAAUGGCAAGGCUUAUAAGUGCACUAGACACUCAUCUUAGUGUAAGCACACUAGCUGGAACACCCGGUUAUGUCCCACCCGAGUAUUACCAAAGCUUCCGGUGCACUGCAAAAGGCGACGUCUACUCAUUUGGAGUUGUCUUAUUGGAACUCUUGGCUGGGAAACGCCCCACGGAUAAGGAUGAUUUUGGGGACACAAACUUGGUCGGGUGGGUGAAAAUGAAGGUGAGAGAAGGCAAACAAAUGGAAGUAAUAGAUCCAGAGUUGCUAUUGGUGACAAAAGGAACAGAUGAAGCUGAAGCGGAAGAAGUUAAAGAAAUGGUGAGGUACUUGGAGAUAACAUUACAGUGUGUAGAUGACUUCCCAUCAAAGAGGCCUAACAUGUUGCAGGUUGUGGCCAUGUUAAGAGAGUUGAUGCCUGGAUCAGGAAAUGGAAGCAGCAGCAGUGGUUGAAAAUGUUUAUUGUUUAUUGAUUAAGGUUAAUUAGUGUAAGAAAGACAAGGUUUGUAAGAUUUGUUGUUCAGUUGUUAAGAGUUUUGUUGUAUCUACUUGGCAAGUUUUUUUUUCUCA